AUGACAAAUAUCGUAACAAGGAAAUCCGUCACAUUCAUAAACAAUCAAACCCCACCAACAAUCACUAAAUCCACUUUGGAUUUGGAUACAUGUUACAACGAUAAUGAAAUUGUCAUUGAGGUCCAUGCCGCAUCUAUAAAUCCAAUUGAUGUUGGUCUUCAUGAACUUGCAUUUGCCAAAAUAUCCACUUCAAAGGCAAAAGGGUAUGGUCAAGAUUAUAGUGGUGUUAUUAUUCGCAAAGGUGUUAAAGUGGCUCCUAUCUGGGACAUUGGGGAUAAUGUGAACGGUAUGUAUGCUCAUGCUUAUGGAGGACAAGGUACAUUGAGUAAUUAUGUAAUUUUGAAUCCAUCUAGACAAUCUGCUAUUGGUCAUAUUGUACCCUCUAAUGAUAUCGUACAGGAAAAAGGUGAUCCUACUGUUGCUAAAAAGAAUGAUGAAUUUGUUAAGAGUGCUUCCUGGCCACUCGUGUUUGGGACAGCUUAUUAUUCAUUAUUAGGUCAAGGUCAGGUUUGGAAUAAAAACUCAAUGAUUUUGGUUUAUGGUGCUUCUACUUCUGUCAGUAAUUGUUUUGUUCAAAUUGCUAAGAAUCAAUUACAUAUCGGAACUGUUGUCGGAAUUUGUAGUUCUAAGGCAAUGGAAGAAAAUAAACAAGCUGGGUUCGAUUAUACAGUUCCAUAUGAUCAAGGUGAUGGAUUCAUUGCUAACCUUAGAGAAUUGAUGAAAACUCCAGACUUUGCGGGUAAGAAAUUUGAUUUGAUAUUUGAUUCCGUUGGUACAAGUGAAUUUUAUCCGGUUAUGGGAGAAUUCUUGAAACCAAGAAGUGAAAAUUCUUACUAUGUUACCGUUGUCGGUCCUAAAAAACCAGAACGUUUCACUGCAAGGGAAAUGAUGAGUCUUUAUUCCUUCUCUGCACCGGUUAGAACAUUCAAUCCAUGGAGAUCAUUCAAUUACAAAGGUAUUUUUGACUUCCCAAGUAAAAUCUAUAUGGAUUUAGCAGCACGUAUGCUCACUUUGGGAAGGUUUACACCAAAGGUUGAUUCUGUGUAUAAAUUUGAAGAAUUUCAAGAGGCCAUUGAUAAACUUCUUUCUGGUAACGUAAAGGGCAAAGUUGUUAUCCAAAUUAAAGAAUGA